AUGACCGACUCUCUCCGCCCCGGUUUGCAACCGGUUUCCCACCUCAAGGCUGGACCGACAACCUCCAGCUCCAGAUCCACCGCCUUGCCUUCUCCGAUUCAGCCGCCAUUUACACGUCCCUCUUCUCGGCUGAGAGCCCAGAAAGCCUCUCAUCGAGAUGAAGUAUUAGAUGCUGGAAGCGAAAAAGCUACCGUUGCCCUGAUUCGACGUGUGCUCUGUCCUCAGACCAGCAGCCAUGGCGCCACCUCUUCACAGCCUCCGGAAGAGCUGUUACCUCCCCUCACGAGCUCCAAUGACGUUGACCGUCAACUUUAUGCGAUUUUGGCCAUUAUAAUGAAAGAGUUUGUCUACUCAUGGUACUCGAAGAUCACUCCGGAUCAGACAUUUGUGAAUGAGGUCCUACACGUCAUUGCGCAUUGUACUCGUGCUUUGGAACAGAGAAUACGGAAAGUCGAUGCUGCACAGUUGAUCCUUGAUGAGAUCCCAGCGCUAGUGGAAGCACAUAUAAUCUCCUACAGAUUAGCCAAGCAACAGUCCCAUCUAUCUGGGUUGGCAACGUCACAUAGAGCGCUGUAUCAUGAGAUGAACCCUCAUCCUGGCUUAUCCCCAGUCCCUGAUAUCGCAGAUCCCGAGACAAUCAACGCGCAGUCUGAGAAUGAGGCCGUGUAUCGACAAUUACUCGUCCAAGGCACUCUGGCGAUUUUGUUGCCUACAGAUGAUCUGGAGAAUGGUAGCCUUCGCGCAUUAGUCGGAGACAUUCUGGCAGACCUGAUCCUGGGCAAAGCUGUUGGGGACCGAAUAUGUGAAGGAGUGUUCCUCUAUGAAGUCAUCACUAAGCUCACGGAGAUAAUGACACAUCGUAAAAGCCCCGAGACUACAGGCUCCAAGAGCGCUGCCCCUACUAAUCGACUAGAGAAAUUCGGUCUGCUCUCGACCAACGACGAACCUGCCUGCCCGCAACCAGCCACCCAAUCGCAGGUCACAGUCUGGUUAUGGAGCGUUCUCCAAAGCAUCUAUAUUGGCUACGUUGCCUUGCGUUUCAUUGCGACGGGCCUAUUCCGCGUCGCAUCGAAUCCUGCGCCAGGAUCCUCGCACGGAGCCAGUAUCUCAUUUCCCGCUGCAACGCCGGAUCUUCCCAAGAAGGACUCGAAGUCCUCCUUGUCAGACGGUAUCACCAAUAAGCGCCCGGUUCUAGACUACCGAGUGGUUUCGAUGGCUUCACAGUUACUUGGGACGUCCCGAAGAAUGCCGUGGCUUUCUGGGCUCCUUGCUCUUAUCCAGCACCUGAUACUGGCUGGACCAGGUCGCAUUGGUGACACGGACGGAGUCCUUGACAGAUUCCUCCGGGAAACCAUUGAGGAAUUCGUCCUGCCCCCCACUUUGUUGCCCAACCUCCUUCUUGCAACGAGGACCGCUCUUUUCCCAGCCAAUACCCGUCCAGUAGCAGUAGCAGCGGCCGCUGCAAGUAGUACUGGUGCCCCGGCUUCAACUCCGCAGGUGUCCGUGCCCGCCCUAACGCCUAGUGGGAAAAGCCCCACCACGGCACCAGCUCCUCAGAUACCCAUUACGGAAAAAGCCAAGCUUAAUCCUGGUAGCGAGGCGAUUGGUAAAAGUAGUGCCGACAGUAGCAGCAAUCAUGUUGCUAGCGGGAGCAACGGUGGCAGUCAAAGUAGCGGUGGCGUCAAUGAUCACCUGCCCGCAGCACCAGCGGUACUAUCAGGACCUGCUCCAUCCCCAUUGACGACAGAGGCGAUCAAGGAUUCGACAAGUUCACCAACGGGAUCGGAGAAAAACUCUUCGCUCCCUAAUCCCGAGAUCGACACUACCAAGCGGCGAUGUGCAGCUAGUCUCCUGGCUUUGAUUCCGCGCAAUGUCGCACGAACCUACUUCGGUGUUCCGGCUGCCUCCAAACGUGAUGGUACCUGCAGCACCACCACUGGGAGUUCGCCUUCCCUCACCUCCUCCUCUCCGUCUCCGUCCCCACCCGUAUCUAGCGAUGAGUCUGGUGUGGACCAGAUGACCCGAUCGUCAUCCCAAGGGACGAAGCGGACGUCAGUAUGUCCACUUCCAAACGAUACCUCGGCGUCUACCCUGUCAGGGCCAAGGAAUAGCGAAUUCAUUGCCGCUGAGAAAUCGCGCACAGACAUGGAUGACGAGGCCGAUAAUGGUCCGGACGAAUUGUUCCUCUUACAGUCGAUCGAGACCGAUCUAUUAGAUCCCUUUUCGGAUGAGUACUGUAACAAACAUCUUGUCUACUCCAUUAUCGAGACCGUCUUAGUUAGAAUCAUCCCUGAGCUGGCUGAGCACAGUGUCGCAGAUCUAAUGGAGGAACGGGGUAUUGCCCCCGUGUCUGCUGGUUUCUAA